AUGGCGACAACGUUAAUUAAUGUCAACGGUACAGUUUAUAAACCAACAGAACAUUCCCAUGACAAUAAAACGGAUAUCUUGACACUCAAUUUCAAAAAUGCAUUGUCACCCGGCUUUUACAUUCUUAACAUGAAAUUUGCCGGUAUUAUAAAUGAGAAUAAUAUUUCCGAAAGUGGUUUUAUAAUGUUUCCAUAUACAAAUAAAGGAAAAAAUAAUACAUUGGUUGCAUCGUAUUCGGAGCCGAAAGGAGCUAGACGGAUGUUUCCGUGUUGGGACGAACCCGCGUUAAAAGCCAUCUUUAACAUUUCUAUAAUGCAUCAUGUGAAAUAUCUGGCAUUGUCAAAUAUGCCUCUAGUACAAAGGGAAUUUUUUGAAAAUGAUAUGACCUGUACGUACUUCAACAUUUCUCCAAUAAUGUCCACUUAUCUUGUAGAGAUUAUCGUAUUCCGCAUGAUUGAUUUUCAUCAUCUUUCCAACGAGAAAGAAACCAUCAAUGUGUGGUGCAGAUCGUCUUUGACAUCGCAAAUAACAUUUAUGUUUAAUAUCACUGAAAUAGUCACGCCAUUCUUGAUCCAAUACACCAAUAAUUCCGAAAAGAUACCGAAAAUGGAUCACUUUAUCAUACCAAAUUUUCCGGUUGAUGGCAUGGAACAAUGGGGACUCAUCACUUAUAAAGAAUCAUCAGUUAUCUAUGAUGCUGAACAACAUCCAACCAAUAGGAAACAAGAAUUAGCAGCGAUAGUAACACAUGAAAUUGCACAUCAAUGGUUUGGUAAUUUAGUCACACCGUCUUGGUGGUCAUACCAGUGGUUAAAAGAGGGACUUGCUUCGUUCUUCCAAACAUACAUCAUAGACAAGAUUUUCGAUGAUUGGCGAACAAUAGAUUAUUUUGUGAUUGACAUAUUACACUACAGCUUAAGGGUAGAUAAAGGCGAAUUAGGUCCUAUCACAUUGGAACCCGAUAAUAUGUUUGAAAGACUGGAUUUGUUUUCUUUUGUAAUUUAUCAUAAAGCGUCAAUUAUAUUGCGUAUGUUACAAAAUAUUAUCACCGACGAGGUAUUUCGAAAGGGUCUUAUCAUAUAUUUAGCCACGCAUGAAUAUGGAUCAACCACUCCAGAUGAUUUGUGGGCCGCCAUGCAAACUGCUUUAGACGAAUCUGAUGUCCCACAUGAAUAUUAUAGAAUAAAAGAAGUAAUGGAUACAUGGACAAAUCAAAACAGUUAUCCCGUGGUAAACGUGAUGAAAAAUUACACAACUGGUGAAAUAACAAUAUCUCAAAAAUGUGUUUGCGGACAGAAAUCUAAUAAUGAGUGGUGGAUACCCAUAACAUUUGUCACGCAGUCCAAUCCGAAUUUCUCCGAUACUGCACCCCGAUAUUGGUUACAACCAAAUCAAAAUAUAACCUUUAAAAUUGAUCCAAAUGAUUGGAUUAUUGUUAAUAUACAACAAAUUGGAUACUAUCGUGUAAAUUACGAUAUCAAGAAUUGGGAAAAAAUUUCAAAUUACUUAAAUUCUGAGGACUUCACGAAUAUACAUGUUCUUAAUCGUGCUCAAAUUAUCGAUGAUCUUUUUGAUUUUGUGGAUGGAAGAAUAAGAUACUUAGAAAAUACUGAUGAUGAUGAUAUUACAAAACGGAUAAGACUAGAAGCCAUAAAAUGGGCAUGUACCAUCGAUGACAAGUUUUGUAAGAAUACGAUCGCUUUUAAAUUGAACCAACAUCUCGCGGAUCUCGAACUUUAUAGGUAA